CGUCCUCCAUGACCCAGUCACCGGGUGGUCGUCAUCCAGCGCCACGUGACGGAAGCAGUGUGUCCGCACUGCUGCAGCAGUAGCCCACGCGACCAGUGGUCAUGUGAGGAGUAGUUGUCGGGCGAUUGGGGCGGCCCCUAUAUGGCCAGCACCGAGAACCCUUUGAUCCAGGACCACGCCGCCAUGACCCUGGGCGGCAGGCAGCAGCCUCCGCAGCAUCUUCAGCAGCCGCAGCAGCAGCAGCAUGCGCAGGCGACGUCCCUGGGCCUCACGGCGCUCAUGUCCUCCUGCCAGCUCAACAAUGAGCUGGAGGUCAAGGCACUGCUCCAAAGGAAGGUACGAAGGACUCAAGUCCACCCCUCGCUGACGGCCGCCCGCGACCGCUCGGGCAAGACGGCGCUGCACUACUGCGCCGAGAACCUGACGACGGGCUGCGCCGAGCUGCUGCUGCUGUACGAGCCGGGCCUGACGUCGGUGCAGGACGAAGAAGGCUACACCACGCUGCACUUCGCCGUCAUCUCGGGCAACCGCACCAUGGUGCGCUUCCUGGUGGAGCGCGGCGCCGACGUCAACUGCGUCGACAACGAGAAGCACUCGUGCGUGCACUGGGCCACAGUCUGCGGCGAGCUGGAGUGCAUGGACAUCCUGGUGUCGGCGGGCGCCAACCCAUCGACGGCGGACAUCCACGGCGCGUACCCGAUCCACUACGCCGCCCAGAUGUGCGGCCCAAACAGCGAGAUGGGCAACGACGUCCGGGUGGGCCUGGCCGCCCUGCGGAGGCUCAUCGAGUUGGGCGUGGACGUCAGCGUCAGGGACCAGGACGGGAGGCCGCCGCUCCUGUGGGCCGCCAGUGUUGAGACACGUCCCAGCAAGACCUACUGCCCGUCUGGAAGCAGCGAUGCUAUCUUGGCCUUGGUGAAUGCUGGAGCGGACGUUGCAGCAACCGACAAAGAUGGUCUGACAGCGCUGCACUGCGCGGCCAGCCGCGGUCACGUGGACUGCCUGGAGACGCUGGUGUCUCUGUGCGGCGCCGACGUGGACUCAGUGGACAGUAAUGGCUGCUCGGCGCUCUUCUACGCCGUCACUCUGGGCCACGCCGACUGCACCCAGUUGCUACUCAAGUACGGCGCCGCGCCAAACUGCCAGGACCACAAAGGCAGGACACCCGCCCACUGCGGAGCGGCCAAAGGACAGAUGGAGACGCUCAAGAUACUCUGGCAACAUGGUGCCAACCUGUACAUGCGCAACCAGCGUGGGGACUUGCCGCUCCACGAGGCCGUGCAGUCAGGGCGGAAAGACCUCGUACAGUGGCUCCUGGAGCUGCAGCCAUCGGCGGUCAACUCGCCUAACAACAACGGCCGCUGCGCACUCCACGUGGCCGCCAUGGCCAACAGCGUCGAGAUGUGCAAAGUGCUGAUGGAUCGAGGCGCGGAGGUCAACCCGGUCAUGCGGAACUCAAAGGGUCAACUGUUGACGCCGCUGGACGCGUCACUCCAGCGCGGGAACCGCGGCUGUGCCAAGUACUUGCGCCUGCACGGCGCCCUGCCUUUCUGCAAGAUGACCGACCGGCACGACAUCGACCGGUGGCUGGAGCACAGCUUCAGCAUCAACAAGCUUCACAAGACCGAGCAGCUGUGCGACUCCGAGGCGCCACCGGCGGUCUCGGGAAUGGCGCCCGAAGAUCUGCAAUUGCUCGAUGCCAAGCACGUGCAGACGCUGGAGUCGUCGGUGCAGACCGACUCCGGUUACUUCGAGUCGCGCGAGUAUCGGGCGGCCCGGCAGCCGGGUGACGUGGAAGAGGCCGUGACAAAACAGGGUACCUUCAUCGAAGGCGGCCGCACGCUUAAGCAGGCCAUAAUCACCAACGUGUACGUGAGGACUUCAGGAGGCGCGAGGGUGCACCAACCCAAGCGGAAACGGGCUGGAGCUUCCAAGGGGAAAGGUGAUGGCUUUGCAGAAGGCAGCGAGGGAACAGAGGAGUACUCCUCAUCUGGCGAAGAAAAGAGUACGGGAAUGCGGGAAAGCUCUCGACGAAAAGCUGGUUCUCAGGAGCAGCAUGCGGAGCUCAAAGAAUCGAAGAAAAGGCACACCAUGCUCGAUUCGUCCACGACACAUCGGGUCGUCGAAGAGGUCAUUGUCAAGAAGCAGGACGGCCCAGAGGGACACGUCGUGAAGAGGAUAACGCGCAGGCCUUCAGGUGAUGAGGGCGACGAGGUCAGGGUUACAGGUGAAAUGCGCGACAACGUUGAGACGACGCCCGAGGGUUUCACAUCCGUCACUUUCAGCGAGCAAAAGAGUAGCGAGACCGGUCGAGCAUCUUCCGAAGACGACGCCAGGGCAAGGUUAAUGACUAGAGAGGCGGCGGCCGCCCGCACGCUUGGAGAUGUACCUGAGAGGACGUCGCGGCAGCCGUUGAAGUCCCCUGCAGUCAUCAGGGCGGCCGAACGGUUUCUAGCCCUUUUGUCAGCACGCAGGAGCAGGAUACAAGCUGAUCAGACUUCUCGAAGACGUUUGAAAGAGCCAAGUGAAACACUUACAUUAAGCGACACGAAGAUUCAUGAAGAAUCUCAAGCAACGGAAUCAAUGAUCGAUGAAAGACGGAAAAAGGAGAACAAGGUCGCACGCUUCCAAGACAAAGUGAAGCAGACUGUGAAGAAUGUUAGACAAAGCCCCAAACGUAGAAGUUCCUCAUCAGGACGUAGCAGCUCAGAAAGCGAGCCUGCAAAGGCUACAAAGAAAGAUAAAGCUUCCAGAACCAAGGGAACUGUUCGAAGUUUGUCCAGGGAACCCUCCGGAGGCCAGCAGCGUCGGCGAGAGGCGGAUGAAGUGGAAACGAGGAAACAGAAACAAGAGAAGACGUCGCAACAGGCUGGUAAAAGUGGGAGGGACUCCGUAGCUGCUGUUAAGGGUACUUCAGAUCAAGACCAGAGCGCAUCAAGCGACACUUCAAAACAGAGGAAAGUGAAGCGCACUGCUGCAUCAGUACCCCGGAAACACAGCGCGAAAGCGCAACCAAAGGACAGUGCAUCCGCUAAGAAAGAUAGUCGUAGGUCUGCUAAGGGCUCUAACGGAAGACAUUCAGAAAGUAAUGAAGAGCCGUCAUCGUCGGCCGAAGGGUCAGACAGUGCCGGAGAAGACGGUGGAAAGAAAGAAUCGAAACACAUAAUGCCCGAGGCCAGGACUGCACGAGAACCUGCAAGCCGGGACCUUAAGGGUGGCAAAGAACUUAACGUAGAUGAGCGACUAGAGAGUGCUACUCGUACCACAAUGCACCGUGAGUACGAGGAAAUCGAAAGCCACGCGACCAUGGCAGAGUUCUUCAGCGAGACUAGCAUGUCUGAUAGCGCUUUAGAGCAACGCAGCGAUAGAGUCCUCGCGAGACAUGAAGAGGGUGCCACAGAAGAGACUUUAAAGGAAGAAAGGGCUGCUUCGAGGGAAAGGGCAUUGAAAAAACCACGCCCUCCAGAAAAGGACCAGCAGGCCAGACAUCCAGUGGAACGCAAGAGCAACUACGAAGCUAAAGGAAAAGACAGGUCACCAAAGCAACCUCGAGAAGAGGAAAGGGUGAGAGGAGCAAAAAAAGGCUCAUCUCGUCAGAGGGACAGAGAUCUUGGAGACGGAUUCGAUAGCCAAGCGAGUGAGAAAGCCGCUACCGAUGCAGCAAGACAAGACGGGGGUGCUCGGAUUGAGGUUUCCGAGGGCAGCUUGUCUAGCAAAGUCAAAAGACACCGCGCUAAGAUAGAGGAGAGGGUCGUGCAGGAAGCGUCGUCCAGUGAGUCUCUUGCGGAAAGCACGAGUGAACGAAUUGAACGGAGUGAUAAUACCGUCACAAAGCGAACAGUUUUGGAUAAGAAGCUGGGAACUAAGAAAGCGCAGUCAAAAAAGACCGAAGUCAAAACUGACCUUGACUCCGUAGGUAAAAAAAGCAGUGAGAAAGUGACAUCUAGCAAGAAGAAAGUAAGAACAACGCAGGACAGGUCAUCUAAAGAGCGUCAUGUUGAAGAUAGUGGCCCCUCGGACGAAGAAAUAAUGUCAACUGAAGUCUGUGAGGAGGAGAUAAUUGAGAAGCAUGCUACGGAACUUGACAUCGUCGAAAUCUUAGAGACAAAGGCUCCUGCUAAGGCUACGACUUCCAAGGAUGACAUAACAGCUAACACACCUUCCAAGAGAGACCAACGUCAAAAACAUAAAGUCAAGCAUAAAACGACCGACAAACACGACGACACCGGUGAAAGCGGUGACAAGGCCAAAGGUAAGAAAGAGGCAGACAGUGGAGACCCUGUGGUUGGCGAUGAUAAAUGGGAUAAACGGGGAAGUACGGAUGGUUCUAUUAGCUCUAGUGUUGAGCUGGAGGCAGCACGAGAACGUUUCGAGUCCUCUCAAGAAACAAUGAGCGUCACAAAAGAAACAUCAAAUGUCCACUUCGAGGAAGAGGUCACCUCUGAAGAAACGAUUAGAGAAAUCAGCAAGGAGGAAAUUGUAGAACACGCAUCCGAAAUCACCGUUGCAGAGGGUGAGCCAGCAGAUUCCACUGCAGACGUUGCUGGGACAGCAAAGGUUGAGAAAGAUGCUUCGAUCGAACAGGACAAGACAACAGAAAAAAGCAAUGUUUCCAGCGCAGUUGCCGAAGCCGUUAUAGACCUGUACGGCCUUGUUCCGCAUAGAUCUCCCAGCAGUCAAGAGCAACUUGCGUCUGAGAAACAGUCAGCGCCAAGGGCAGAAUACGCUCGGAAAGAAGAUGCGGAUUCAAAGGAAAGUUCUGCAGCUAAAGUACAAGUGAGUACAAGUGGUGAACACGCGUCUGAAUUGAAGAAGCCGCAUAUCCCGCCAGUAGUAGCCGAAGCAGAAAAGGCUGAGAAAGAUGCUUCGAUAGAACAGGACAAGACAAUAGAAAAAAGCAAGGUUUCCAGUACAGUUGCCGAAGCAGUUAUAGACCUGUACAGUCGUGUUCAGCGUACAUCUCCCGGCGGUCAAGAGCAACAUGCGUCUCAAAAACAACCGGAGCCAAGUGUAGAACCCGUCCCUUCAGAAGGCGCGGAUUCAAGGGGAAGUUCUGAAACUAAAGAGAGUCGCCAGGGUACAAGUGAUGAACACGAGCCCCCAUCUGAGAAGUCGCAUAUACCGCCAGUAGUAGCCGAGGCAGUUAGUGACCUGUACACUCACGUAAAACAGCUGGCUUCAGCCAGCACCAGUCCUAACCAAAAGAUCGCGCCGAUGCGAGACUCUGCAACCAGCCCAGUUUCAGGGCCCAUUACUGUAGAGACAGCGUGCGGACCUGACGACAUCGGUGUAGUGGACACCGCCUGUGGUACUAGGCAGUCUUCGAUCGAAGUAGCCGAAAAGGCUGUCAGCCCUGAAGAAAAGUACACAGCAGAAGCGGCUUGCAGCCCUGUUGUAGAUGAGACCAAUAGUGUCGCGUGCAGUCCCGCUAUGAAGAAAGUAGAUGCGUCGUGCAGCCCUUCGGAGUCCGUCGACCAACCCAUGCAAGACGCUACGUGCAGCCCAGUUGCCACCGACGCUGCAAAGGAUCGUGAGAAAACGGACACUGCCUGUAGCCCAAUACUUGAACUCUCCGAUGGCGUACGAGAGGUGAAGGACGCUACGUGCAGCCCUGUCACAGAAGGUGCUCAAGCUGAAAAGGCAGACGCGGCUUCUAGCCCAGCUGACCUUACAGUGGACGCACAGAGCAGUCCGGUGGACAUCGCUGUCGACCAAAAAGACAGCACUUCAAGUCCUGUGAUCGCCCUGUUCCGGCAGGACGAGUUGAUCAGUCCCAUGAUAGUAGAAGUUUGUGACAAGGAGACAUGGACAGGAUCACCGGAUGACCAGACUGCGGACGCGUCGUGUACUCCCAUGUUUCUCGGCACAGAAUCAGCAGCCGCUGAGAAACAGGAAACAGCGACAUCUCCCGUAAACCUACAAAUGAUGAGAGAUGAAGAGUGCAGUCCGAUUGCUGCUGACGCGUCAAGGGAGACCAGAGACGCCUCCUGCAGCCCACCGGAUUUCGGCCUUAUCGCACCCGCUGAUGAACGAGGACUGACAAGCAUUGCAGUUAGCCCUAUAAGGGCAACUGAUGGGACGCUCGACAAAGCUACAAGCUCACAAGAGACAGUUCCUGUAGUGAGCGCUGGAGUCAGUCCAUUCGCUCAGGCAGUUGGCGUUGAGCAUGCUAGUAGCCCUCACAAGGUUUAUACGAAGGACACUUCUAGCAGCCCUUUUCCUGAGUCGACUGGACCCUUUGGUGAAGGUCUGCCCAUGGCCGCUACCACCAAACCUGUAACAUUUGAUAUCUGUCUUGGCACUUCACCCGAAGAUGAAAAGGGGGUCAGGGCUGAAUUCGCUGAUGCAGCGUGUAGCCCUAUUGCCUUCGAAUACUCUCGCUUGUCCCGUAGCAGCAGCGGUUCCACAGAAGUAGACAUAGCUGUGAGGUCCUCGUCGCUAGAAGAAACCACGAAGACACCGAUGACAGAUAUCACGGCUAUACGAACUCUGGUUGAAACUGGCACAAGUCCGAUCGGCGAAGUGCGAACUGCUACAGCGAGUGAUUCUGCCGGGGUGCAGGUGAAGCCGACAAUUACCGACAGCGGAACAAGCCCUUUGGUACAAUUGGGACAAACGAAGGGAACGUCAACGGAAGACAGAGAAGCCCAGCAUGCUCUGAGUGACAGUUGCACAAGCCCUUUGGAAAGAAUCGCGCUCUCAGAAUCAGCAGCCACUAGAGACGCCGCAAGUAGUCCGAUCGAAAACGCCGAUGCAACUACAGCCGGCAGAAAGCCACUCAAAGACGUGAUCCUGCUGAAGAAACCGGUACCUCUGCGAAAGACGAAGUCAUGGGACACAUUGGGUUACGGAAAUUUGGACGAAAUCAGAUUCAAGGAGCUGUUGUUUCCCGAAAUCAGGCUGCCUUCAGGCGCUGACCAGCGCAUGCCAGCCGCGGCAGCGCUCGCGUCGCCGAUUACGAACGGCGUCGAUCUGGACAUUCGAAACGUGGACGAAGGUCGUCAACUCCAGAGGUUGCCGUCCAUCAUCAAGACUGCAAGCACCCCUCCGGACACGGCCGCAGCAGCCGCUACGGGACAACAGAUUUCAGCGAGAAACGGCGAGGGUCCCACUGGCGUCUGCGAAAGCAGGGAGAAGAAAAGCCUCUCUCUGCAGCCGCUGGGCGUAAAACGCCCCAGCUUAACACAGUCAGAUUACGACCGAUCGCCGGAGUCGAGUGUGCGUAGCUCCGACUACACGGCGAACACUCUCAAGGACUCAGGCUUCAGCGAUGUCGAAAAGCACGUCUCCGGAGGAUCGUCUGCCGAGGACGAGGACAGGGCGACCGACCGCCAGGGCGUCUUGUCGGACUCGGCGGCCCACGAGUUGGAGUCGCAGCGGCGGCGACUGCUGCACUCCAGGCGCAUGAUGAGAGACGGAGAAGAAGACGGCGAGGCAUCACCGGGACGCGAUGACGACACCGACGGAAGCGGGGCUGAAGACGGCGCAGGCUUAGGAGACGCUGCUUCCGAAAAGAGGCGUUCAGCGGUCGACCGGCGGGGAAGUCCGCAAAAGAAAGUCAAGACGAAGUCGAGGGGCCGAGGGGACAGUGGAAAAGAACAGCGUAGGCGACGCGUGCAGCCGGAGCUCCGACCCGUCGCGGAAGUCAAGAAGGUUCCGCAAGACCUGACCAUGACUGUCCAGGAAAGCUUGAGAAAGUACCGGGUGGAGCGACAACUGUUCAGCGAGCUGCAAGAGCUGAAACGACACCAGAUCCGCAGCGGACGGACACACGAGAACGUGCUGGUGAAGCGGCUCGUGGAUCGCUUCCGGGAGCUUGUCCUGGCUCCGGGCAUGCGAGAUUUCACGGGACCGUACACCUUCCGCAAUUACGAGCGGUACCUAUAUGGACAACUGAGGGACCUGUCAACGUCAAACGAUGGCAAGGUACCACCGAAGUACAGGAAGAGGGACGACGACGAGGCGGACGAGCACCAGGAGUCGGGAGCCGUAUCGGAUGGCCCGCUGGAAUGCGUCAGCCGGGCGUACGGGCGGAGCCAGCCGACCGCGGAUGACCGCAGCGUCGGAACAGGAACCAGCGCGAAGGAAGUCGGCGGACCCAGCGACCAGACCGAAGACAGCGGAACGGCAAACAUGGUCGGGGCAACGGUAACCGAAGAAGGAGAUGCCGGUACCGCGCCCUCAGAAGCAGCGGGUCCCCAGAGAGCCCGGCAAGUUCAGCCUUCGCACCCUGUGGGGCGUAAGAACCUCUUGCCGGCCAUCUUGCCCAGUCCUCUAACGAGCGUGUUCACCGUGGUCAGGGGUGCUCCGCCGCUGCCCUCCGCCGCCCGCAGCACGGGCUACGGCCACGUCCGGUCGAGAGUGUUCCCUCAGAGGCCCGCCGAGAAGGUUCAGCUCGCCGAGUCAUCGGCAAGGAGGUCGCCAAGGAGGAACAUCAGGACAAAGAAGGAGGCAUCGACCAGCACUACGGAAGUGGCGAGCAACCAGGCGUCCCGGCUGAGGGUGGAAAGGAUUCGAAAACAGAGGGAGGAAGAGGAGCGUCUGAGGAGGAGGAGAGAAGAGAUGGCGUCGAGGGUCACCGUGACGGAAGUGACGUCGAGACUGCAUGGUUCAGUGCAGAACCUGCGCAGGAUUUCCGAAGAGGAGUCUCUGGAGAGGGCAGCGGUGACGGACGGGGCUCUUUCGGAACAAGAAGGUUUGCCCGGUAGGAAGAAGCAUCGCUCGACGUCUCUCACGAGGGAAGCUACAGGGCGAAGGGAACGCGAAACUCGAGCGGGAAAGGCGAUGACAAGGACAGUUAAAGAAGUCCCCGCGGCCCGAGGUCCAGCACUGGAAAGAAAGCUCGACUCCAUGGGCAAAGCGCACACGAAAGCCCAAGAAUCCUCUCAAGCGACAGCCGACGCCAGUAAGCACGUAUUUCCUUACCUAAAGAAACACGAAGGGCGCCUAAGUGCGAGUAGGACUGAUGAAUCAAAUGAACCUGAAGUCUCCGGUGCUAUGAGAGCUCAGCAAACUGCAGCGCUGCAAGAUAGGAGAGCUUUGUCUCGCGCGGCUCAGAGGACUACGGGAGUACCAACCGAACCACGGGAGUUCUCGCCUGCGGCGACGAGACCAGAAGAACCCGUCACUCCGAGGCGGCCACCAUUCUCGAAAGCAAAAGACGCGGUUUCGACGACGCCCAAGCGAAGCUCGGCGCUGUUGCCGUUCUGGGUGCCGCACGAUCCCAAGCGCACCAACAUGGCGGCCAUAGACGAACAAGAGAAGCAGCAGUUUCGUUCGAGCGUACGUGAAUCGCUGGGCGAGCAACAGGCCGUGCGAUUCAAGGACUGGAUCAAGGCUCGCCAGCAAGGAAGCAGCGCCACGUCGGCCGAGCGUGCCUCUGUCGUCACGGCGGACGCGGCCACAGAGGCCCUAGCCCGAGAAGUGCGGCUACGCGAGGGCGACUCGAGCGAGACGGACUCGGGUCACGAGGGCGACGGCAUCCUGCCGGACGACCAGAGGGUCGACGAGGUGGUCCUCCUCGAGAGAGUGAGCCGGAGCUUGCGCAAGAACGUGCUCCCGCAAGAUGUGGUCACCAUGCGACUCAAGCCCUCGCCGCCGACGGCCGCUGCUGUCGCCGCCGCCGACGAGAUCGAGGCCAUCACUCGCACCGUGCGCGUGAGCGAAUUCCUGGAGGCCGCCCGGAGAGACAUCGUGGUCAACUGCGUCCAGCUCAGGCCGGACAACGUGUCCGAGGGUUCUUCCUCGCCGGAGGAAGUGCCCCCGAGUCCGGCGGCGAGCAGUGGUGACGGCGGCAGCGUGAGCGAUGGCGUCGACGACGACGACGGGGUGCUCGAGUUUGAAGUUCGGCACGGUCGCGAGAAGAACGUCUUCUGGCUGCCCACGAACAAGAUAAGGGACAACAAGAAGUGGCAGGUGACCUUCAUUGUCGCCAGGACUGACCGCGAGUAGAAGACUGGUGUCCAGCCCAAGCUGCACUCAGCAGCUACAUGGCUUUCCUUCUUUGCGUGUUAGUGGUGAUUCAUAACGAAUGACGGAGUGCAGUAUUGCUACCAGUUCUCAAAGGCCACGGCGCACGUCAUGGAUCCUGUCCGAAAACCGUCGGGCAUGGCAGUUGCUGCAAUACUACCGCCUGAAAGCUUCAGAGAGUGACGGCAAUUUACGUCACUGUCUUUAAGCAUCGCGGCGCCAAGAGUAGCAGAACAGCUCCAUCACUGGGUCAUGCGAAAGGUCCGGUCACGUCCUCAGUAGCCCAAUAAUGUUGAAUACACAUAUACGCAGGAAAUAACAACGCCUACGAGCACAGCCACUUAGCUAGUGCUUUUCCCAAACAUUGCUCUACCACCUCUCGAGAAUCAGCCGUUUGUUAUUACCUGUAAGUACAACGUACGAGUAAAUUUCCGCAAAAAAGCAAAAAAAAAGAAAUUACCGUUUCAGCUUACUUUUUGAAAGCGUCAUAUUUUACAGGAAAAGGAACGCAGAUAUCAAAAACCUAGAGCACAAAUUUACGAAUAUAUUUGAAAUAAGCUGACAGGCAGGUAUAAAAGGAAGAGUGCAAUGCUGCAAAAUCAGCGAAAGCUAUCAAAUGCUAAUUAAGUGCGUUCGUUGAUACUGAAACUCUGGGGAUCUUCUAGUCGCAGCUGCUUCGCCAUCUCCAGCCUGUGUAUGCGUGCUUCUAAGUGUACAGAGUGCUCAUCUGUUCACAGGUUCUCAAAAAGACAACUUUCACAAACAAAUCUACAAGCAAUACACUAGGGUUCGGACGUUCUUACCAAACGCCCGAGCUGGUGAACCACGCAGAGCACUCGUGCGAUUAACGAUGGGAGAUAAUCUUGACGGUAUUUUUUUUAUUAAGCAGCACGCUUUCCAAAGGCCUCAUAAAACGCAAUUAUGAAGUUCCCAGAAAGCAGAGAGACUCUGAAAGGUUACGCGUAUGCCACCAAAAUCACGACACAAGCGCUGCUGUGUUCUUGUAGCAUAUGCAUGCUGUUCACAACAUAAGCACACAUCGAUUUCACCACCUUUCGAAGAAAUUUGUGUCACCAGGGUACUUGUGCAUUGCGCCAGAGCAAUGCAAAACGUUGGUCCCAGUCAUCUUGUAUUACUCCCGACUUAAUCUUCAGAAGUACAUGUUGCUGGGCUAGUCGGUUCAUAUUGCUGAGUAGAACGUAAAUAUGAUCGCUUGGCACUUCCUUCCUUCCUUGUUUGCGCCAAGCGGUCAUGCUCAUGGUCUACUCAGCAUUAAUCUUCAGGGUCAUUACUAUGAUGCCAGUGAGAAAGUAGAGAAGGUUCCCUGCGUUGACUUUCGCUUUAGCGUUCACGCAAGCUUCUGUCAGGCUGCGCGGCUUCUCGCAAACAUACAAGAAAGCAUAUAUGUCGCAUUGUGAUGCUGCGGAAUUGGUCUUCACGUGUGCGCGAUGCUUUUUCUAUAUUCAAGAGAACGCUUUCGUGUGCGUAUGCCUGGGAACGUCUCAUGGGCAUGGUUUUAACGCUGUCUCAGCCCCUUAUUGAGCAUGGCAAAGUCUUACUGCUAUGUUACAAGUCAGUGUUUGACCUAAAAAAAAUUUAUUCAAUUGGCGUUUCUUGUUGAAUGCCUCAUGCGCAGUCCAGUGGGUUUGAGCCUGCUCGUCAAUUUCGAGGCUGUCGUGAAUUAACAAUAGUGAAAGAAAUAAAUUUUACUUUAUGUUUAAUGGGCAAAGUCCACGUGUCCAUGAUAUGUGCCUGACGCGCUGCUUCGUUUUCUGCAACGCUAAAUAGAAAACUCGCUUGCUUACGGGCAUUGCCAACAUAGUGCUAAAUAAUUAUUGCAUUAUCAUGCGUUUGUCAGUGUCCUAUGGCGAUGUUACUUUUUUCCCCGCCCCUCAUCUUCUUUUUCAACGCUGUUGAAGUGUCAGUUAAACACCUGCAGCAGCGCAUACUGCUGUUGACGUUGAGUAUUUAGUGCAUAUGCUCAGGGCAAUGCGAUUGGCGAAAUCGUUUUUUAUUUCAGGACCAGCGGCGGUCACUAUAGAGUCCUAUGGUAAGACUGUGCAGAAGGAGCAAUGAAGAAAUUUAUACUGUAGCUUUUUACGCAGUGUUUGAUGUACUAUUACGGUGUUGGUGCCCGCCCUUCGGAGCCUGAGAAUUUUUUCGGCCCACGAGUAUGUCGCAGUGACAGCUACACAAGGAUCGAUUGUUAUAAAUUUAAGUCACUCGUUCUUGUAUCUCUCUUUAUCAAUAGAAGAUAUACUGCCAAGUAAUGCCGUUAGCAUUAGGAAUGUAUAUCCAUAUAUUUAUUCUCAUCAUUUAUAUAAAGCUUCUAAACACGGUUUCAUGUGCGCACAUAGUAAUAGAUUUAACAAUACCUGUUGUAUGAGCUGUCAUGCUGUGCAAAUACAUCCGUAGACUGCU